CGAAUUGCCGGCUGCAGUUGCACACUAUUGGUCAGGUCUCAGGUCGGCAGGAUGUCCAUACACCAGUGCACUGUUUGCUGGUUUAUCGAUUUGUUGUGCAGCCCAAUCAGCCACGCAAAACGGUCUUGAGUGACAACAAAUCUGCCAUAUUACCUUAUUCGCUUUCCAUACACACACACACACACACACACUCACUCCUUUCGACACACCAGCUCGCCUAUACUCUCGGCCGCAGUUAGCCAUACUUGCGAAAUCCCUGCUGUAGACUAUUUGUCUGAGUGAGUCACAAGCACUGGAAAUGAAGACAAUUUAGUAAGAGAUCAGUUAUUAAGAUUGGCCAUUCCUAUUCAUAAAAACUGAAAUAAUCGCAGAUAUAAAUGGGUCUCGUGCCCGGCCAAAUAAUGGCCCAGGUCGUUGUUUAUGGUGACGUCACGGCUACCAUAGCUACGGGGAGCUUUUCAGCUGUUCAGAAUGAAUACAGUCAAAUGCUACUAGCUAGCUAGCUAAUCCACUCACUGAGCCCGAACAGGAGCCACUAGCUGAGCAAACCAUGGGUUUGCUGUCGAUUCUGCGAAGACUGAAGCACUCUCCGGACCAGGAGGUGCGGUUACUGUUGCUAGGGCUGGACAACGCUGGCAAGACCACCCUUCUUAAACAGCUGGCCUCAGAGGAUGUCAGCCACAUCACCCCUACUCAGGGAUUCAACAUAAAGAGCAUGCAGUCCCAGGGAUUUAAGCUAAAUGUUUGGGACAUUGGAGGCCAGCGCAAGAUCCGCCCAUACUGGAGGAACUACUUUGAGAACACAGACGUACUGAUCUAUGUGAUUGACAGUUCAGACAGGAAACGCUUUGAAGAGACCGGUCAGGAGCUAGCUGAGUUGAUGGAAGAAGAGAAGUUGAGCAUGGUGCCACUGUUGAUAUUUGCCAACAAGCAGGACCUGAUGACUGCGGCUCCUGCAUCAGAGCUAGCUGAGGGUCUCAACCUGCACACCAUCAGAGACCGGGUAUGGCAGAUCCAGGCCUGCUCUGCAAUUACCGCAGAGGGAGUACAGGAUGGCAUGACAUGGGUGUGCAAGAACAUAGCAGUUCGUAAGAAGUGACGCCAGGGGCAUACUUAUUCCCACAGACUCAAACGAAGGGUAGGAGGUGAAAGGUGGAGUGGUGUUCAUUAUCAAAGCUUUUGACUUGCUGUCAUAAUAUGUUUUAAAAGUAUUGUGAUAUUUUUUUGACUAGAUCAUGAGCCAGUUGCAAUAGAGUAAAAACUUUAAAGAGAAACUUUCUGUAAUGUUGACAUUACCAGCAUUUUAUUAAUGCUUCUCCAGUUGUAUAUACUGUAUAUACGUUAUUAUUUAAACAUUUCAAUUAUUCAGAUAUUACUCAACUGUCAUUUCUGUGUGCUUACUUUUGCCACCUUUUUGUAAUAGUCAGGAGGCUUAUUGUGAAGAUGUCUACAUUAUGAAAGUAGUUUUUUAAGAAUGAACAGCUAAAUAGACACGACCCACUGGGCACAGACAUCAGUUCCAACAUCUAGUUUUGAUUUACAUUUGGUUGAGUUGUCAACUAACUUGAAUUCAACGUGAAAUAAACAAAAACUUUCACUGUGUCAUUGGAUUUAGGUUAAAAGUUGGGUGGGAAAAAAACACAACAUGCCCUUACGUUGAUGACAUUUAGUUUUCCAUGUUGAUUCUAUGUUCUCAUAUAGAUUCUUUUGGGUUGAAAUGAUGUGGAAACAAUGUUGAUUCAACCAGUUUUUGCCCAGUGGGUACUUUGUUUGCUUGUAUGUGAUUGAUACUCUGUCCUUAGUACCAGUGGGGCAGGGAAAUAUCCUGCUCUGUAUCAGUAACCAGGUUUCUAUCCAACCAUUUCAUGCCAAUUUAAUUACCUAAAGAAUUAACAAAUAAAACUGUGUUUGUUCAAAAUGUUCUGAUCUUUUUGUGUCUGUAAAAUAAAUUAUGCGAGAAAUGGCAGUUGAAAUGCCUUAAUUCGCAAAUAUUGAUUUAAUAACUAUCAUAUCGAAGUCAACUUGGAGUCACGCAAUGAUGUUAUGUGGUCCUCCCACUAUGACUCGGGAAAGGAUUCUACAUGGUUGUGAAAGUGCCCGGUGAUGAGCUUGAUGCACCUUUUCAAUAAAUAUUGAGGGUCUUAUUCUGGUGACAUGAUGAUCGAAUGCUUGGCUACCAUUUAACAAACUAAUUUUAUU